AUGUUAAGGUUACGUAGCAAAUUACACAGAUUGUACCGUGUUCUUUAAGGUAACGUGUACAUUACAAUCAUUUUAACGAAACUAGCCUCCCACGAGUUUUUACUCUUUUUCUUGUCCGAAUGGAAGAGCGGGACAAGUGCAGAUCUCCUGCACAUGCAGUUUUCCCGCACUGUAUCCACCAUUCACUAUUUUAUGUUUGCAAAAGCAGUUCAAGCAGGAGAUCUGCAUGCAGUUCAAUAUUUUCUGUCUUUUUGUGGAAAAAGCAGGAGAUCUGCAUGCAGAUCUCACCCGCCAACAUUUGGUGGUGUUGAUCUGUUUUUUUUUUUUUGUCAAUAAAUAACUUUGUUACAACACAUAACUUUAAAAAUAUAUUUAUCUAUUUUUAUGAAUACAAUAUUUUUAUUUUAUUUUAUUUACAACUUUAACAAUACAAAAUUAUCAUUCUCUACUUAUUAUUUUUUGUCAUAUAAUUUUUAAUUUUUAUAAAUAAAAAAAUAAAAGAAGUAUAAGUAUCUUAAAAAACAUUUACAAGGAUUUCGGCCGAUCCUAUAACAUCUAAGAUAUUUGUUUAGAUAUCUAAGUGUCAUUUUUAUUGUUUUAAUAUCUGAUCUAUAGUUUUGAACUGAUUUUAUCAUUCAUAAAUUAUACUAAAUUAUUUGAUCUGGUUCUCUCCUGCAUGAUCCGCUUGAUUUGUAUUUGUCCUACUUGAUCUGCAUUUGUCCUGCUUGAUCUGCAUGAUCUGCUUGAUCUGUCCUGCUUGAACUGUUUUUACUAUUCUAAGCAAUGUAAGAAAAAGUUCUUCUUUGUUGGUGUACCAAUGAAUAAUAAAAAACGAAUUCUAACGACAUAACUAUUUUAUAAUUUGUUGAAUUCUCAACUGCUUCUUCCAAAACACUAUCUCAUAAACUUAUAUAUAAUUCAUCGUCGUCGUCAUCAUCAUGCUCUAGCAUUACUUUCCUUUCUCUCUUUCAUCUCUCAGAUCCAAAAACAGAGAGACAACAACGAACGAUGAGGCUUUAUUUCUCUGUCUCCUUCAUCUUCUUCGGCUUAAUCUCUCUUCAACUUCCACCUCUGUCCACUCAGCAAGCUACGGAAACAUGCAGCUCAACUCUACCUCUCAACGACCUCACCUUUGACUCUACCCUCCUUCAAUGCGUCGAAGCUUGGACUCCCCAAAACUACAUCCUCCGAUAUGCUAAAACGGUGGAGAACACAUGGAGCUUCAUCUUAUCAGCUCCUGAUUCGGGCGCCUACAUAGGGAUCGGAUUCUCCACCAACGGUCAGAUGACCGGAGCCAGCGCGGUCGUCGGGUGGAUACCAACCGACGGCCGAGGACAGGCGAAACAGUACUUGCUCGGAGGGAAGUCUCCAGGCGAGGUGAAGCCUGACCAAGGCGAUCUCAAGAUCGUCAACGGCUCGUUGAAGAUCGAGUCAGUGUCGUCGCGUCUCUACAUGAGUUUUCAGCUGACCGCGGAGCUGCCGCGGCAGAGCCUUCUUUACGCCAUGGGACCUGCCGGAUUCAUUCCAAGUUCGCCGGGGUUUACUUUGAGGGAGCACCGCGACAUGACCACCACGACUAUCAAUUAUAAUACAGGUUCGCAGAGUGUGGUUAAGGGUUCACCACAUUCUAAGCUAAGGAAGACACAUGGGCUAAUGAACAUGUUCGGCUGGGGAAUAUUAAUCAUCAUCGGCGCCUUAGUGGCUCGACACAUGAAGCAAUGGAAACCCACUUGGUUCUAUGCCCAUAUCGCUCUCCAAACCACUGGUUUUCUCCUCGGUUUAACUGGUAUCAUUUGCGGUUUGGUUCUUGAAAACCGAACCGAAGCCAACAAUGUCUCCAAGCACAAAGGCCUUGGGAUAACAAUCUUUGUCAUGGGCAUUCUCCAGGUCCUAGCGUUGCUGGCUCGACCGGACAAAGACUCGAAAUACAGAAAAUACUGGAAUUGGUAUCAUCACAACGUAGGAAGAGUUAUGAUAAUACUUGCUAUCUCCAACAUCUUCUACGGUAUUCAUUUGGCUGAUGCUGGCUCUUCAUGGAACGGCGGUUAUGGUUUUGUGGUUGCUGUCUUGGUUUUGGCUGCCAUUGGAUUAGAAGUUAGAAAGUUUAAGAACAAGUGAAUUCUUGUUUAAAUAUCUAUUUUUAUCUUCCUGCUGCAAUAUUUGCCUUGGAUAGGACAGUGUGAUGUAUUGAACAUUUAUUUGACUAAUUACUUGUCUUCUUGUAAUUUUUACACUCUAGUAUUUGUUAUUUUUCAUUAAUAAAAUCUAAAUAAAUUCAUGAUUGAA